GGAAGGAGCUACCCUGGGAAUGCCGUGAGUGUUUUAACGUUUGCUCACCUAGCAUGUCGAAGUGGAGCCUUUUCGCUGUGCGUGCUGAGGGAGCGGGGUCGGUGUUGCAGCGGGGAGACGGCGAGCUGACGGAUCACGGGUGCGUCUUUCUCUCCAGCGUCGGCACGCACCCAAGUGUCGCUGAUAGGCGAGCGCUUUCCAGAGAACGUCGAACUGCGGGGUGCAUUGUGGGAGGAACACCGGUCUCAUGGAGGUCGCAGGAGCAGAGGAGCUGACGGACGAGGAGAAGGAGACCAUCAACAGCGUGCUGGCUCGCGCCAAGCUCAUGGAGGACAUGGAGCAAAAGAGGAUUGGGCGUCUGGUCAGGAGGCUGGAUGGGAUGAGGAGGACUGCCCGCGGCGAUGGCCACUCGCGCUGUCUGAUCUGCGGCCAGCGGUUCGGCUUGGCUGGCGUCAGCUCCGUCACGUGCCAGGAGUGUAAGAAGCAAGUGUGCACCACGUGCAGCGCUUAUAUCGGCAACCCAUCCUGCGCCGUCUGGCUGUGCAAGAUCUGCAGUGAACACAAGGAGGUGCUGAAGCAGACUGGUGCCUGGUUCUUCCGAGGGUUUCCUCAGCAGACCUUACCUGCACCCUUAGCCAUCUCAAAGCAGCAACAGCUCAGCGCCUCUAACCCUGCAUCUGAAGAUCCAGCUGGCCAGAAUACAACUGCUCACUCGUAUGUCCAUGCACAGAAAGGAGACAGUGCUCAGGUUAUCAGCAGAGGGCAGCAGAUACCAGCAGAAACUGAACCUCCCAAGCAGGUGAAGCAGGAGGAGGACGUGGUUGUCUGGGGGGAGACGGUGGUGGUAGGGGCCCGUCUAACCGAGCACGGGAGCUUCAGUCCAAGACAAGCAUCUGAGGAGCGAACACUGAAUCUGACAGUGGUAGAGGAAGGAGAACGUGUCCAGAUCUGUAGACCUUCACAGCCAGCUCCUGCCUUCAAGCCAACCCAAAAAGCGGGAACUUGUGAUCCCGAGAAAGGAGUGCCUUGGGCGGAGUGCAGGUCGCGACCCCCAAUGGAGAACAAGAUGCCGUCCGUGUCCGUAAGUGGCGCCCUCGCCACGCUACGGCCCCCUCCCCCCGCUGCCAAGGAAGAGGAGGAAGAUGCCGACGACUAUGACUCGGAUGACUCCACUACUCUGGGACUGCUGGAGUUCAGUCUGCUCUAUGACGACAGCUGCAGCGCUUUGCAGUGCAGCGUCCUCAGAGCCAAGGGCCUCAAGCCAAUGGACUCCAAUGGACUGGCUGAUCCUUACGUCAAGCUGCACCUGCUCCCCGGAGCCAGCAAGUCCAGUAAGCUCCGCACAAAGACUCUCUAUAGCACUUUGAAUCCUGUUUGGAACGAGACCCUGGUGUACCAUGGCAUUACCAAAGAUGACAUGCAGAGAAAGACCCUCAGACUCUCUGUGAGUGAUGAGGACAAGUUCGGCCAUAAUGAGUUCAUUGGGGAAACCCGUGUGGUUCUGAAGAAGUUGAAACCAAACCAGAAGAAGGACUUCAGUGUGUGUUUGGAGAGAAUGGUGCCGGUAAAGCGCACAGCUACUGCUGGAGGUUCAGGCCGUGGCAUGGCCUUGUACGUGGAGGAGGUGACAGGGGGCAUGGAUGUGGAAGAGCGAGGUCGCAUUCUGGUGUCGCUCACCUACCACAGCCGGGAGAGCCGUCUCGUCGUGGGCAUCGUCCGCUGUGCCCAUCUGGCUCCCAUGGACUCCAACGGCUUCUCUGACCCUUUUGUCAAGCUUUGCCUAAAACCUGACACUGGGAAAAAGGCCAAGAAUAAAACUCAGAUCAAGAAGAAGACCCUCAACCCUGAGUUUAAUGAGGAGUUUAGCUAUGACAUCAAACACAGCGAACUCGCAAAGAAGACUUUAGACAUCUCUGUCUGGGAUUAUGACAUGGGCAGGUCCAAUGACUUCAUAGGUGGCUGCCACCUUGGCAUUGCUGCCAAAGGCGAAUGUUUGAAGCACUGGUACGAGUGCCUGAAGAACCAUGACAAGAAGAUUGAUCGCUGGCAUGUUCUGUUCAGCCAGAACAGCGUGGAGACUGACGACUGAAACACGUCUGCGUCCGCACACAUCGCUUCGUCACAGUGUGAUUCUGUGUUCCAGCAUUUUCAGCUGCCCCUAAAACCAUCCUAACCUGUGCUUGUAGUCUACAGCAUGCUCUUCACCAAGCAUUGCAGUCCUGUGAUGAACUUUUAAAUAACUAGGGCUUUAGGUAGUUUAAAUAACUAGGGCUUUAGGUAUAGUUAUACUGACACUCUGUGUUGCAUCUAGUUUGCGACUGCUAAGAGGAGACACCACGCCAUGUUCUUAACCAGCCUGAUGAAAACUGCAAAGUAAAAGGUCACAAAAUAUUUUAAUCAUAAAAAACUUUCACCAAAAAAUGUUGAAAUGUGAAAAUGUGAAUAACCUAGCACUGUACACUAUAUAGUACCACAUCCUGCUUUGUCCAUUAAAGUUCACAUCAUGUAUAUUUUUUAAAUUAUCCAAACUGAUCAAAAACUGUGAACUUUAAAAUUUAAUAUAACAUUGGCCACACAAAAUCUAAUUAUGAAUAUGAAUUUGAAUAUUGUUGUCUGUAGGUUAAUAUUAACAUACAAAAUGCAUGAGGAUUCAAUAUUUAUAAUAUUGUACAUGGAAUUCAUGUUCAUUGUCUUACAUAUUCUUGCAUGUCACAUUCCUAACUGAUGAUAAAAGCUGAUUAACCACAUUACCUGCUCGGAACUAAGUACUCAUGUAUGUGUGUAUUAUCUAAAUAUUACCAUUAAAGCAUCAAUAUG